AUGGUCUCGAUUCUGAGCUGUAUUGUGAUUGGUCUUGCGAGUCAACAAGCUCGCAUCGCUCGCGCGCAGGAUGUCAUCACCUCCGACGACUACUUUUACGGUCAAUCUCCGCCAGUGUAUCCAUCACCUAACGGAACGGGAUUGGGCAACUGGGCCGAUGCCUAUAUCAAGGCACGAAAUUUCGUGUCCCAGCUUACUUUGGAAGAGAAGGUGAACCUGACAGGUGGUGUUUCCGAAACUUCCACUAGUUGCUCCGGGAGCAUAGCGGCCAUACCUCGCCUGAACUUCCCAGGAAUGUGUCUGAGUGAUGCUGGUAAUGGCGUACGCAGUACAGACUUUGUCAGUGGUUGGCCCAGUGGCUUGUCUGUGGGCGCCAGCUGGAACCGGGAUCUUGCGCACGCCCGCGCCGCGGGCAUGACGUCUGAAUUCCGGCGAAAAGGAGUCAAUAUUGCUCUUGGUCCUGUCGUGGGGCCCCUCGGCCGGGUCGCGAUGGGAGGGCGUAACUGGGAAGUAGGAUUCUCGAAUGACCCAUAUCUAUGCGGAGCUUUGGCAUAUGAGACUGUCGUAGGGAUGCAAUCGACAGGUGUAACAGCCAGUGUCAAGCAUUAUAUCGCCAAUGAACAAGAAACGAACCGCAACCCUGAGGCUAGUGUAGGGGCAGUUUCUUCCAACGUUGACGACAAAACCAUGCACGAGCUAUAUCUCUGGCCGUUCCAAGACGCAAUACUCGCGGGCGCCGGCAAUAUCAUGUGUUCAUAUAAUCGAUUGAAUAACUCCCAUGGCUGUGCAAACAGUAAAUCACUGAACGGCAUCUUGAAGACAGAACUCGGAUUUCAGGGUUUCGUCGUGAGUGACUGGGGCGCACAACACGCUGGCGUAGCAACUGCCCAAGCUGGACUAGACAUGGUGAUGCCUCGUGGUUCUGCAUUCUGGGGAAACAACCUGACAUUGGCUGUCAAAAAUGGGUCGUUGUCCGAAACCAGAGUGGACGACAUGACCACAAGAAGAAUCAUUGCGAUGUGGUACCAAUUUGGCCAAGACGAUGCCUUCCCAGAGCCUGGUGUGGGAAUGCCAUCAGAGCUCAGUAGUCCGCACGAGGUCGUUAUCGGCACUAACAGUUCUUACAAGAGAGUUCUGUUCGACGGCGCGGUAGAAGGGCAUGUCCUUUUAAAGAAUAAAGACAAUGCACUUCCACUCAAAACGCCGAGAAUAGUCUCUCUGUUUGGCUACUCGGCUAAGGCUCCAGACCGCUACACCACCGACGAAAAUAUCGGAAAUGAAGCACUUGCACCAGAAGACAUCUCAAUUAUGGAGACUAAGUCAAAUAUCAUCUCCCAAUACGCAUCCAAUGGAACCAUAAUCAGCGGCGGCGGAUCAGGCGCCAACCAAUUUCCUUACAUGAGUUCCCCUUUCGAAGCUCUUAGCCAACGGGCUUACGAAGAUGGAAGUUUUCUCUACUGGGACUUUCACAGCUCCAACCCCACAGUCAAUGCACAGUCAGAUGCAUGCAUAGUUGAUGGAAAUGUUUAUGCAACCGAAGGGCAGGACCGCCCUGGGCUACACGAUGAUUUUACAGAUGGUUUAAUUCUCAAUGUCGCUUCUGUGUGCGCGAACACGAUUGUCGUGUUCCAGAACGCUGGUGUUCGUCUUGUUGACCAAUUCAUUGAUCAUCCUAAUGUUACUGCUCUCAUCUUCGGUCAUGUUCCCGGACAGGACAGUGGCCGAGCCCUCAUCAGCAUCUUAUACGGCGACUCUAACCCCUCCGGAAAACUCCCAUACUCCGUCCCCAAGAACGAAUCUGAUUACGCCGGCCUCGACACCCCGGAUCAACCCGAAGGAAUCUUCGUUAAAUUUCCCCAGUCCAACUUCUCGGAAGGCGUCUACAUUGACUACCGCGCUCUCGACGCCAAGAACAUCACCCCGCGGUACGAGUUCGGAUUCGGGUUAAGCUACACCACGUUUUCCUUCUCGGACAUCAAAACCACACUUAGUAAUAGCAGCACCGCGGCAUACCCCACUCAACCUAUAGCUGUUGGUGGACAGAAGGACCUAUGGGAUAUACUUGCUACUGUCACCGCUACUGUAACGAACAUUGGGGAAAUUACGGGCGCCGAGGUUGCGCAAUUGUACGUGGGUAUUCCCGGUGGUCCCGCACGGCAGCUGAGGGGGUUCGAAAAAGCGACGAUACAGCCCGGUGCAAGUGUUACAGUUAGUUUUAGCCUCACUCGCCGGGACUUGAGCACGUGGGAUGUUGUUGCGCAGAAAUGGUUGCUGCAGCGGGGGACAUACGAGAUUCACGUUGGUUCGAGUAGCAGGAAUCUGCCCCUGACCACGACUUUACAACUAUAA